GACUCCUUUUCAAAAUCGGCCAGCAGCACAUCCGCCACCGACGGAGGAGUGUCGUGCUCGCGCUCUCACAAAAAAAGAAGUAAAAAAUCGAAGCAGCGACACCCUGCCGACGCACACAUCCUGUCUUAUUGUAGAAGCCACGUUUUUAAAAUUUCUAAUGUACCAGGGGCAGUGGAAUUACAAGCUUUUAAUAUCGAUAAAACCACGACACGCCCUGCGCGGAGGACGUGUAAAAAGAAGUUUUGUAUUUGCGUUUGAGUGUUUUUUUUUCUUCUCCUUCCCGCCCGGCACCACUCCAAGGUUGCACACAGAAGGGGGUCUUUUUAAAUUUGGAAAAUUAGGGCAGGCUACUGUCCUGUGGGAUGGAUGACGUCCUGGAGCAGGACCAGUACGAGGAGCGCCUGAAGGAAGUUUUCGAUGGCUUCGACGCCAGCGGCUGCGGCUCGCUCUGCCCGGAGGAGCUGGCCGAACUCUGCCUGUCGCUGCACCUGGAGGACGCCGCGCCGGCCCUCCUGGACGCGCUGAUGCAGGGCCGGGACGGCCUCACCGAACGGGUUGACUUCAACCAGUUUAAGGAAGCCCUGAUUCUGGUCUUGUCAUCCGGCCUCAGGGCACCCCAAGUGCAACGGGAAGUACCAUCUAGACCAGAGUCGCCCGACAUACAGCCAAAGUUUGUGAAGGGCAGCAAACGGUACGGCCGUCGCUCCAAGCCGGAAUCGGUCAGCACCUUUUCGGACUUUUGCGAAGACGCGCACAGCCAGGACGAAGACGCGCCAGGCCGCGAGGACACCAAGGACAACUAUGACUCUGCUAUUCCGAGGAAGCGUGAGCGCUGGAACGCAGAUGAAACGAGCACAGAGGAGUAUGAAGCUGAAGGACAGAUGCAUCUCUGGAACCCCGACGAUCCGAGCACACCUAGGGAAUGCGUCGCAGCUCCGUCGAAAGAGAGGCUCGAGGAAGCUUGCGAGGAGUUAGCCAUAUCGUGGCACGGAUGCGCCGGCCACAUGGAACUGAUCGCUCUGUGCGACUAUCUGGGCUUGGAGAUAAGUGCAGAUGUACUCCAUGGAUUAAAUGGCGACGGAUGGAUCAACGUUCAAGAGUUUGUCUCCAUGGUUUUAAAGUACAACAAGCCUGCCACCCCGUCUGCCUCCACGCCUUACAGGCAGCUGAAACGGCACCAUUCCACUCAGCCCUUUGAUGAGGUGGGCCGUCGGAUCGCCACCCACUCCACCCUGACGAGCAGCAUCGGCACUCGUCUCUUCUCCACCCUGGACGACGGCACGGGUUUCACUCCGGUUGAGUCGAUCAUGGACGCCUGGAUGGAAGAAGGCAUAGAAAACGGCGUUGAAAUUCUGCAGGCGUUGAACUUCGGCCUGGACGGCAAACUGAGUCUGUCCGAUCUGACCGUUGCGCUGGAAAAUGAACUCCUUGCCACCAAGAACGGCAUCCACCAGGCUGCACUGGCCAGUUUCAAAGCGGAAAUCAGACAUCUCCUAGAGCGCAUUGACUGCGAACUGAGGGAGAAGGAGAAAAUCCGUUCGGACCUGGAUAAGGCAGAGAGGCUCAAAACCCAGCUGGCCACCGAAGUGGACGAGCAUCACUCGUCAAUCGAACACAAAAAUAAUCUUAACCUCAGGAAGCUCGAGGAGGAACACAGAGACAAGUUGGCAGCAGUGCGGUCGGAGCUGAUGAAGGAGAUGGAUCUGAUCCGCCAGCAGGCGGCGCAGCAACGUGAGGAGCUGGAGGCCGAGAUGGACAACAUCAAGGAGGCCGAGUCCUUUCUCAGGGACCACCUCUCCAUCUCGGUCAAUGAAAACAGACGUCUGGAGAGGGACUUGCUGGACUGCAGUGAAAAACUGAUGGAAGCCCAGAGCCAAGUGGCACAACUGCAGGCCAGUUUGGACAAAAUCAUGAAAGAGAAGUUUGGUGACUUGGACCCUGGCAGUGCUGACUUCCUCCUGCAGGAGGAGCGCAUUAAACAGCUGCGAUUGGGCUACGAAGCGCAGUGCAGGGAGUUGCAGGACCGCGUGGACGAGCUGGAGUCCGAGCUGCAGGACUUUCACAGCACUGGCCAACCUCAAAAGCCCUGCGCCCAGUCUCUGUCAGAGGAGCUGGAGAGCAAAAGCCCCGCCGUGGAAUCAGACCCAGGCCUCGGCUCGGAGGAAGUCCAUCCCGCCGUCACUUUGAGCCUGGAGGCGGAAAUGAUGUUGGAGAAGCAAAAAGAGCAGCAUCUGUGCCAAAUGGAGGACUUGAGGAAGCAGCUGGAGAUCAAAAUCAAUGAAUUCAACUCUGCGGUUCAACAACACAACGACCAGAAGAAUGCACUGGCCAUCCAACACCGUCAGGAGGUCCAGGCUUCUAGGCAGGAGCUGGCUAGUGUUUGCUCAAGGGAACAGGCGCUCCAGAGCCAGCUUAAGCAGGCGGAGCUGGAGGGUUCCCGCCUGGAGAAGGAGACGAGCACCCUAAAGCGACAGCUCCUCGAGGCGGGUAACGUUUCUGUGGAACUGGAGGAGCAGCUGAGGAACCUGCAAGAGUCAAAGCUGGACCUUCUUGCUGAAAUGGAGGAGCUACGAAACAAACACGCCAGUGCGAUAGAGACACUAGAAAAAAAGAACACGGAGCUGUUAGAAGCCAGACUAAAGGAGUUGGAGAUGAAACACCAGGAAGAGAAGGACCAGUUGAAGAAGAGCUGUUUGGAUUGUUCCGAAAGGGAGAAGGGCUUACUGGUGCAAAGCCACGAGAAGGAGCUGAUAGCCAGGCUCGAGGAGGCGAGGUCCCGCUUGGAGGACGAGCACGAGCGAGCUGUGAAAAAGCUGACAGAGGAGUGGCAGGAGCAGCGAGCUCGGCUGGACGAGCAGAACAACGAGUCCCUGCAGGCGCUUCUGGAGGAGGCCAUGCUGACGCUGGUCAAGGAGCAGGAGGAGAAAGAGGGCCAGCUCCGGGAGCAGCAGGAGAGCGAGCGAAUGCGUCUUCAAGCGCAGCACGAACAGCGGGAGGCCAAGCUCAAGCAAGAGUGGGAGAAGGAGAGGUUGCAACUAGAGGAAGACUACGAGGGAAUGCUCCAAGAGAGACUUGAUGAGGAACGGGAGAAGCACGAGGCCGAGAAGGAGGACCUGGAGAAGAGGUUGGAAGGCCUGAUGAACCUGCGGGACGAGAGCCACCGGGAGACCCUGCGCGAGAUGACGGUUAAACACGCUGAGGAGAGGAACACGCUCAGUGCCAUGCUGGAUAAACUCCGAGAUGACAUUGCACUGGAGAGAAAUAAAGUGGAGCAGCUCAACCAGGAAAAGGUUUCUGCCGAAGAGGCAGCGGAGAAUUUUCACAAACAGAUGUCCGAUCUUCACUCGCGAAGCCGGCAACUCCAGAACGAGAACGGGAUGCUAGCGGACAAGAACGCCCGGAGCCUGGCCGACGUAGAGGAGCUCAAGCGGCAGCUGGCCGAGCUGAUAAAAGACAACGAAAAGAAGGUGUUGUUCACCGGUGAGGAGAAGAGAGAGCUGCUAGCUUGCGUGUGCUCUCUGGAGGCUGAGUUGACCAAAGCUCUGAAGGACGCUGCCAAGCUGGAGGAAAGGAACGUCCAGCUGGUCCAGCAGGUCCAGCAGGUGUCUGGACUCGAGGAGAAGCUGAUGCAAGCGGACCCGAUGGAGAAUCAUCUCUGCCAUUUGACAGAGGAGCAAAAGGAUGCGGCCAAAGAGAUGCAAGGUCUUCGCAAGCAGCUGGCUCAAUCCCAGCAGAAGGUGAAGAAUAUGGAUGAGACCCUCCAUGCCUUCAGUCAUCAGCGAGCUUGCCUCAGGUCGGAGCUCCGCAGCACGCAGCAAGACCGAGAUUCUCUCCGCCAGGACGUCGCGAUGCUGCGCAGACAGCUGCAGAACGUCACCGAUAAGAACCACGCUUUGGAACUGGCCCUGCACAAGUCCCCCGGUCAAAGUCCCAGCCGGAAGCUCCACAGAGACGACACGCUGCAGCUGAAGGAACAAGAUGACAAGGUCAGCAUCCCGUCCCUGAAGCAGCUGCAGCAGCACAGACAGAGCCAAGCGGUGCUGCUGAAAACCUUGGAACAGGAGAACGCCUCCCUCAAGCAAGAACUGUACGACCAGAAGCUGAUCAUCAAGAACCUCGCUGCUCAGGAAGGACACGCGCAGGUGGAAAAACUGCAGGAGGAAAAUGAGGCGCUCAAGGCCCAAGUAGCUCGACUCUCCGCGCAACUCUUUGAGUCAUUCCAGGCUCACUUCAUCGGACUCGUGCCGGUUUCGCCCCACAGGACAGCAAGGGGACAUCGGGCCGACGCCGACAAUGCACAAGACGACCAGGACCCCCGAAUGGAGCGCAUGGAAGCACGGAUGACGGAAAUCGAGACUUCGCUGCGUAACGUCAAGCUCCACCUCAGGGAGAAGGUGGCUCAGCUCAAAGACCAGGGCCACAAGAACAGUCGAGUGUGCACGCUGAUCCGAGACCUGUACGUAGAAAGCGGUCAGCUGCUGAAGGCCCUGGAGGCAGCCGGGCGGCGACGCAAAACUGCAGAAUAGACCGAUCGGUCUGCCGAGGGCGACGCAACGCAGCAACACUGUCACGCUGGCUAUCACAACAACAACAACAACACGUGUCUCUCCUCUCGUCGACUUACGAUUUUAAAUGUUACAUAAUGAUGUCAUGUGAAUGAAGGAUUUGAAUGAGUUGUUUAUGCCAACAGAUAAGUCCACAUUGGGUUUUUUUUUCAC